GCGUGGGGGUGGGGCGUCCACAGUGGGUGCCAAGGAGCACCACACUCCUGCUGAAGGAGAAGGCAAGGCUCCCCAGAGCUGGGGUGCCUAAGGAGGGACAGGCAGCUGGGGUGGGAGGCUCUGUGUUCACAUUCCGAACCUACAAACUGGAAGACAGACCUUUAAUCCUGGGAUUUCUAUUGGCAUCAUCAGUAUAUAGCAGUGUGUGACCCGCUCAGGGUGGGCAUCAGUGAAUUUUUCUUGAACUCGAGAGGAGGAGGAAAGUGGUGCCGGGAGCUGCAGGUCUGCCCCCUAAUUUGAGUUUUCCCUUCCUCCUGCCUUAAUUCCCCGUUGGGGUCCUGGUUACUUUCUCAGUAAGGGUAGCCCUGAGUAUGGGCUGGAUCCAUCUUUUCAUUUAACCCUUGUGAGUAGUGGCUAACUAGUGAACAGAGGCUCCAGGAGAGGGAGCAACUCCAUUCUUCCAGGCUUAAACAGCAGUCAGCAUUGGAACUCAGCUCUCUGUCUGAGGCAGAGGAAGCUGUCCCAGUGUUCCAAGGAUUUGAGUCACGCUCACUCGGUAGCUCCCGGAGACCAGAGCCUGCUUCCCUGCUGAUUUCCCCACACACUUCCCACAUGUCUGGACACGUGGGAGGAUCCUGGAAGCUUAUCUUGCUCGACAGUCUUAUAAGAGCAAAAGGGUAAAUUGAGACUCAGGUGGCGCAGUGGCAUGGCCAGAGUCACAGCAAAUCCCAUAGGAGAGCUAUCAUGUCUGAGAAGGCUGGGGGACAGGGAGGAGUCCUUGGGGCCACCAUUCCCUCGAGUCGAGUCCCACCUCUUCAUCCCUACAGCCCAGCACCUCUCUGCCCCAGGCAAGCUCAUUAUUUCUCACCUGUGCAUUGUACAGCCUUGCAGGCCACCCCUGCAUGCCUGCCUGUUACACUCACACUCCUCAGGCCUGCCUAUUCCCUGAGACAAGGCUGACACUCUCUGGCCUUGCAUGGCCUGAGCUGUGUCUGCUGUGUCUGCUGUUACCCUGUGCUGCCCUCACAUGCCACCAGCCAGCCUCGUGUGCUUCCUAGAGUUCACAGCUCUUGCCUGAGCGGCACACUGACCCCCACCCCGACCUCCUAUUACUGGAAUCUUCUGGGCUUGUGUUCUGGGACUGCUCAUAGGAAUAUGUGUUUAGAUAGGGUAUCUGCAUGCAGACGGGGAGGCUGAGGCUCAGUGGGGUCAGAGUUGCCACGUGGUAGAGAUGGGAUGCAAGCUGGGCUAUAGGGCUCAGAGUGACAACUCACCAUGUCCCAGAAAUGUUAUCUAAGUCUCUGGAAGAAGAACUCAGCCCCAACCCUGAGCCACGCCUAGGCCUGUGGGACUGCUGGGACAGUGUCUCCCCAGCAUCUUCCUUAGGCAACAUCUUCCUCCUGCUGUAGCUGGGGACCAUGCUGGGGAGUGGCCUUCUUCAGAUGGCAGCUGUCAUGUGAACACAUUAGGAGUGGCUGAGCAUGUGGACACCAGGAAUGGGAUGUGAGAGGUCAGGGGGGCCUCCUCUGCUAGGUUUGGCCUAUGCCCAAACACCCAAAAUGCUCACAGCCCUGAGUAUGAAUGACACCCCUGAGCAUUCACAGUCCAAAUGACACUGAGCCCUGAGCCAUCUCAGAACCUUCCCUGUGUCGUAGCCCUGGAGAUGGUUCCCAGAAAAGAUGCUGUGGAUUGCGUGUGAGAGCAGAAGAGCAGAAGGAGCAGCCUGUGCCAAGGCAUGGAGGGGACACCCACUGUCCUGCAAAGGGAGUGGCUGGAGAGUGCAGUUGACAGUCUGUGGAUCCCACAGUAGCAAGCUGAAGUGCUGGGACACACCUGCUGGUGCUGACCCUGCCUGGUCUGUGGGUACCAGGGGAGAGACAAGGAUUCCCUUCACUACCUGUACUAGGCCGCAGGAGCUCAGCCAUGUCCAAGUCCUGCCGUGGCUUCCCCAUUCUGUGAAAUGAGACCCAGCCUGGAAAGUACUGUGGAAGGUUCUGCAGACCUACCUAAAGAGCACCAUGGCCCGGAGCAGGGCACUGCUGCUGCUCCUGUUGCUGCCACCACAGCUGUACCUGGGACCUGUGAUCGCUGUGAGGCCCUUGGAGUUUGGACAAAGUGGCACCCACAGCCCAAGCCCUGAGGAGAACGAGUUUGUGGAGGAGGAGCCUGUCCUGGUCCUGAGCCCUGAGGUGCCAAGGCCCAGCCCUGCCACCAUCAACUGCCCCCGGGACUGCGCCUGCUCCCAGGAGGGGGUCGUGGACUGUGGCGGCAUUGACCUGCGUGAGUUCCCAGGGGACCUACCUGAGCACACCAAUCACCUGUCCCUGCAGAACAACCAGCUAGAGAAGAUCUACCCUGAGGAACUCUCUCGGCUGCAGUGGCUAGAGACUCUGAACCUCCAGAACAACCGCCUGACCUCUCGAGGGCUCCCCGAGGAGGCGUUUGAGCACCUGACCAACCUCAAUUACCUGUACCUGGCCAAUAACAAGCUGACCUUGGCACCCCGAUUCCUGCCAAAUGCCCUGAUCAGUGUGGAUUUUGCUGCCAAUUAUCUCACCAAGAUUUAUGGGCUCACCUUUGGUCAGAAGCCAAAUCUGAGGUCUGUGUAUCUGCACAACAACAAGCUGGCAGAUGCUGGGCUGCCAGACAACAUGUUCAACGGCUCCGGCAACGUUGAGAUCCUCAUCCUGUCCAGCAACUUCCUGCGCCACGUGCCCAAGCACCUGCCUCCCGCCCUGUACAAGCUGCACCUCAAGAAUAAUAAGCUGGAGAAGAUCCCACCUGGGGCCUUCAGCGAGCUGAGCAACCUGCGCGAGCUGUACCUGCAGAACAACUACCUAACUGAUGAGGGCCUGGACAAUGAAACCUUCUGGAAGCUCUCCAGCCUGGAGUACCUGGAUCUGUCCAGCAACAACCUGUCGCGGGUCCCGGUGGGGCUGCCGCGGAGUCUGGUCCUGCUGCAUCUGGAGAAGAACGCCAUCCGGAGGGUGGACGCCGACGUGCUGACCCCCAUCCGCAGCCUCGAGUACCUGCUGCUGCAUAGCAACCAGCUGCGGGCCGAUGGCAUCCACCCGCUGGCCUUCCAGGGCCUCAAGCGGCUGCACACGGUGCACCUGUACAACAACGCGCUCGAGCGCGUGCCCAGGGGCCUGCCCCGCCGUGUGCGCACCCUCAUGAUCCUGCACAACCAGAUCACGGGCAUCGGCCGCGAGGACUUUGCCACCACCUACUUCCUAGAGGAGCUCAACCUCAGCUACAACCGCAUCACCCGCCCGCAGGUGCACCGUGACGCCUUCCGCAAGCUGCGCCUCCUGCGCUCACUAGACCUGUCCGGCAACCGCCUGCACACGCUGCCCCCGGGACUGCCCCGCAACGUGCACGUGCUGAAGGUCAAGCGCAACGAGCUGGCAGCCCUAGCGCGAGGGGCACUGGCGGGCAUGGCCCAGCUGCGAGAGCUCUACCUCACCAGCAACCACCUGCGCAGUCGCGCCCUGGGCCCCCGCGCUUGGGCAGACCUCGCCCACCUGCAGCUACUGGACAUCGCUGGGAACCAGCUCACGGAGAUCCCUGAAGGGCUCCCUGCAUCGCUUGAAUACUUGUACCUGCAGAACAACAAGAUCAGCACCGUGCCUGCCAAUGCCUUCGACUCCACACCCAAUCUCAAGGGAAUCUUUCUCAGGUUUAACAAGCUGGCCGUGGGCUCUGUGGUGGAAAGUGCCUUCCGGAGGCUGAAGCACCUGCAGGUCUUGGACAUUGAAGGCACCAUUGAGUUUGGUGAUACUUCCAAGGACCGCGGCCGCUUGGAGAAAGAAGAGGAGGAGGAAGAAGAGGAAGAGGACGAGGAAGAGGAAAUGAGAUAGUGACAGAUCUGACCGAGGAUGAUGAACCAUGGACUCCUUUCUGCAGCACGUGCAUUGUCCUGUGAGCCCUCAUCUGCACACUCACACGGAUGCACCCAGCACCAAAACCACGGACCACCCCGCCUGCCACAGGCUGAACGCAUCUUGGGUCCACGCCUGUCCUACAAUGUGUCCCUUGGCCAGACACAUGCAGACACCAUGUCACAUUCCUACACACCCAGCUCAGGUGCACACACAGCCAGCUGCCAUCACCCUCCAAUGGAUACACUCUCCAGCUGAGACCUAUCAUUGCAGCCAUGCCUGCCAUCUGAGUCACACAGACUCAGGCAGGCCUGUCCUUCCAUGGCACAUGUAGCACGCACACACACCAGUGCCACCAGCAGUUCUCGCCCCUAGCCAGACGUGGCCCAUACUGCUCACCAUUUGCCUGGUCCUCUGUCCAUCCACUACCUGGAGAAGACACAGGAUUAUUUUUCUGCCUGUAGCCAGCUGCUUUCUGCUGUCUGGAACUCCCGAAAGAUGGCUUUCAUUCCUUUCCCUCCUCUGGGGACAGGAACCUCCUGGAUUUCUGCCCCACCAGGUGCUGGGGCAGUCACUCUGCUGAGUGUCCCUCCCUGCUGUGCCCUGGCAAGCCACUGGCACUUUGGAAGGACAGUCCUCAUGGAAGUGAGUGAGAGGCCUCCGGGCUGCUGCUGGGUGCCUGGCACAGAGGAGCCGAGGCUGUGAAGCUGGAGGACCAGGCCGGAAGGGCCAGGCUAUAGCACAAGACGCUCAAUACUUUGGGUCUGCAGGGAAGUUCUGGGUGCCUUUUUUUGUUUUUAGUUUUUAGUUUUUUUUUUUUUUUUUAAGAAAAGAAUGAUAAAAAUCUCAAAGCUGACUUUUCUUGUUAUAGAAAAACUAAUAUAAAAGCAUUAUCCCUACCCUUGCA